AGUGCACUCGCCGUGAAAACGGCUGUCAUGCGAUGAGUGUUAGAAUCGAGAUGCCCAUUCUCAGUCAUACUGGCGUCAGGCAGCGUAUGGUAAACGCAUAAUACACCGGAGCCACGGGCUCGGAACAGGAAGCCAGUGACAAAAGGGCGGUGUGGCAUGCCCACAACAUUCUCGGGGACAUUCAGCACAUCAGCAAUCGCCACAACUUUCCGGGCGAAGCUGGCAUGUGCAGAGAAUUGUGGGGAGAUCCCUAUCAAGUGCUGCAACAAAAAGGCGACGGGCAACCGUGCUGCUCACCAUGGUUUCAGUGAGCAUGCACUUGGUUGCAUUGGCGCAGCGCUCUCUUGUAGACAAACCACAAGCCCAGUAUCUCUAUGCAGCGAUGGAAUGAGUACCAGACGCCUCGUAAACAAAUGCGAUGCUUACAAGCCGCCGCCUAACCAACAUGCAAUGCAAAAGUAUGAGCAACCUUAUAGUGCAAACGCAGUUUGGAUAAUCAUCCUGUGCACGAAAUGUGCUUGAGGUCUGCUGCAGGCGUUGCCAACUCUGUACAGGCCCGAUGGGCUUGAGACCCGAUUGCCACCGCGCAGCUGAUCCUGUAGAGUGAGCAGCGUUGGUGAGACAGCUUAUCCAAACUCGAUUUCCUCGAUCUGCGGAUCUGCCUGGCAAUGUGCUGCUCACUCCACAAGCUGCGUGCUUGAACUUGCAAAGCCCUAUCCUGAACAUAGGCAUGCAACGAGUGCUUCCACGUUCCGUGUGUUACAGAACACAAUGAUAUAAACAGUCAGUGCCUGCGCUGAGCGCAGCAAGGUGCCCAAUGGCAGUUCGGAAGAAGGCGACCUCUUCCAGAAAGGACGGACAUGUCAGGAUGAUAAUGAGAAGGACGAGGAUGAUGA